CGAUUCCCUUCCAACCUGUUCCGUUCCCUACUUGUCAUUCAAACCAAAACGCCGCAAGCGCGCCUGCAUCGCCCUGCUGCUGCGAUCCACAUGACCCCGCACACCACGCCGCACAACUUCCUCUACCCCUUGCGCGCGCGUAUAUAACUGCGUCCAUCGCAUUCAUGAGGAACCUGAUCGGCCGGUCGAUCGCGUGCGCCAGCCAUGCAAGGCCUCGCCCUUCCCACGAUGGACUCGGAGCUGCGGGCGCUGGCGUGGGCGGCGCUGCUCACCCCGGCGUGCGCGGCGUACGCGCGGUUCGCCGCCCGCCGCCUCCGGCCGGGCCUGCCGCGCCUGGCCGCGCUCUCCCCGACGUUCCCGGUGUUCGUGUACCUGCCGUGCAUGUUCAGCUCCCUCCACCUCCGCCUCUUCUCCACAUUCUUCCACACCUGGCUCGCCACCAACAAGCUCGUGCUCCUCGCGCUGGACCUCGGCCCGCUCCACCCCGGCCUCCCGCUCCUGCCGUUCGUCCUCUGCGCCAGCCUCCCCAUCAAGGUCCGUCUAGGGCAGAGCCGGCGGCCGGCUAACAAGCAGCCGUCGUCGCCACCGCCCGUUGCAGAGUUCCUCAGGCCCUGCGCCCGCAGCGCCGUGCUCCUCGGCUGCCUCGCCGCGGCGUACCCCUACGCGGGGUGGCUCCCGCUCUACGCGCUCCACUACCUCUACUGCGUCCAGAUCUUCCUCACGCUCGACCUCGUCCUCUCCUCCGCCGCUCUCGCCGCCGCGGCGCUGCUCGGGGGCGCGACCAUGGAGCGCCAGUUCAGCGCACCGCUCGCCGUCGCGUCGCUCAACGACUUCUGGGGCCGGCAGUGGAACCUGAUGGCCGUGGACCUCCUCCGCGCGUCGGCGUACGAGCCCGUGCGCGCGCGGUGGGGCCGGGACGCCGGCGUGCUCGCCGCGUUCCUCAUGUCCGGCUUGCUCCACGAGCUCCUGUACUGGUACAUGACGCUGCAGCGGCCCACGGGCGAGAUGCUGCUCUUCUUCAUGUCCCACGCCGCGUUCCAGAUCGCCGAGAGGUGGGCCAGGGCGGCCGGGCUGUGGCGACCGCCCAAGUCGGCGGCGUACCUCCUCGUCACCGUGUUCAUGGUGGUCACCAUUUCGGGGAUGUUCUUCGGGCCGUUCGUCAGAGCCGGCACGGACGUGCGCCUGACGGAAGAAACCAAAGCGAUGGUGUCGAUGGUUUGGAGAGCCGCGAAGCAUCUGAUCCGUCCGUCUGGGGUGGUUUCAGGCUAGGAGGCCGGUAGGCAGGCCAGAUUUCGUUUCGACCGUCAGAUCGAUUUGAGGAUGGUACAAUACAGAGCAUCAGCGAGUGAACAAGUACACGUGUACGCUUCGGUACAAAUUGGUAGGCAAGUUAGUUGUCAAAAUACUGUAUUGUUGUGUUACACAGUAUAAUAAGGAAGAUUAGGAGAUCCGUGGGUUCCGUUUUAAUAUGAGACCGUUGGCAAUGUCCGUUCAUGACCCUCCAGUCCUGCAUUUGCAAUGUCGAGGGCACAGAAACAGAGUUUGUGAGGCGCAGAGCUGCUCGGCAACAAAAAACCAAGCGAAUUGCUUAUUAGCUCAGCGAGAAUAUCGGUAGCCAAAUUCCACCGUGGUUUGGUUAUAUCACACUGAUGUAUUUUAGAGUGUGCCAAUUUAUAUUUAUCUUUCCCCUCUGGUUUGGAAAUUUUACCAGCGGUGAGCAAUCCACGGGGCUAGGGAUAGCAAUAGGUCGGGUCGGGUGUGUGUGGAGUAAAAAUCCACCCAUGAUGAAACAUGCCACGUCUAUCUGCAUCCACACCUAUAAUAUCUAACAUGUGAAUUUUUGCACCUACACCUGCACUCGCUGGACACCCAUCAAGUAUCGGACACCCAUUGGAUCUGCUCAAAGAAAUAAAAAUGUACAAAAUAUACCAUCAUAAUCAUGCGAGCAAUAUAGUAUGAACUUGACACACAAAAUAUAAUUUGAGUAACAUACCGAAGUAGGAAACUGGACCUUUAUGUUUGAUCUCAACAAAAGAAUAGUCCAUUAAUGGCAAUAAGCAAAUUUUCAUCUACCAUUACAUGAUUCGUCAACGAUUUAACUUCUUUAUAGUCCAGCAAAGCAGCAAUCCAAACUUUCGUCCCUUAGCCCAUGAUACAUUAACAAUUAAACGUAAAAAAUUUGUACUACUUUAAUACUUUGACAAGGGUUAGGAGUCAAGAUGGGCACCGUGGGUGAAAUUUUACACCCGCGCCCGAACCGUCUCAAUACAAGUUGGGUUGGGUCUGAACCAAGUUCACUAACACUGAUAUUUUCUCUAUGUAAAUAUAUAUGUGCAUUAAUUAAGUGGAUUAUUUUAAUUUGAAUCAAGUUGACCAGUGUUAUUGUGCACGCGAUGGAAUCACAUAAUAAAAAUAAUAAUAUCCGUUAUGAAUAUAUUGCAUAUCAAUGAGGUAUAAAUGAAUGGGAUACAUGGAGAGUGAGAUUUGGCUGGUUUGAUAGUGUGCAGAAAUAUGGAUAUGGGAUCUUUAUGGAGUGACUAGCCAAAUAGAGAUACAGAGAUAAGAUUUGACUCGUCCCUCAAAGUGUGUUGAAAUAUAGAGAUCUGAUCUUAUCAUGGAGUAACUAGUCAGCCAAAUAGAGAUAUGGUGAUGAGUGUUCGCUUGUCUGCUGGAGAUGCUCUGAGUGAGCAUUGAUUUUUUUUUUUAAUGUAACAAAUUCUACCAUCAUUCCAUCUGAUGACGUUAGCAUGCCGCAGAUAAAAUUACGAAAUAAAUGAAACAUGCAUGGGAGUAUGUCAUUCGAACAUUGGCAUUGAAUAUAUCUAUGACAAGAUUUUGUGCGGGGUUUUGCCCCCUUCUUACAAGCCGUGUGGCACCAGUGGCUCGCACUUUGAGAUUUGAGUUGCUUAUGCAUAAGGAACUUAAAAAUAAGCAA